AUGAACCGUUAUACGAUCGAAGCGGAGAACCGGAGCGGUGCCAACACGAAAUAUGCAGUGAUGAUGAUGGAUGCCCCAGAAUUCACUGCCGGCCAGGAACUGUGGUUGAAUAACUGGUACACCACAUUCGUCCCUUUCAUCAGCGUUGAGACUGGUGAGGACUUCUACGCUUGCACUUUUGACAUGAAGAUUAUUGAAUCAUUCUCAACAAUCCAAGAGAUGGAACUCUCUGCGACGACGGGUUCGUAUGAGGUCAAAACCGGCACGGACUUUAGUAUGCCCAAAAACAGAGGACGGGUUGCUCCAGUCGGAUCGGUUGCUCCGCACAGCAACCAGUGCCUCCAAGUCACUCCUAAGAUGAGGUUCUUCGCUACGGAGAGUCAGCAGGUGCCUGGUGAGAUUUUCGACCGCUCUGCUGUGGAGAGAGAUGGUGCUGUCGUGGACUUUAGCAGUGGCGAGGGCGCGGGGAAGUUCCAUGCUACUGCGACACAGAACCAGAAUGGCAGAUUCACUGUGAAGUACUUCGACUCUCCUGAGUAG